AUGGAGGCCGGGAACGGGAAUACGGAGGGAUGGAGGCGGGGAACGGGAAUACGGAGUGAUGGAGGCCGGGAAUACGGAGGGAUGGAGGCGGGGAACGGGAAUGCGGCGGGCGGGCCCCGCUGCCGGCGCCGCCUCCCCUCACAGCUGAGGGCAAUGGAGGGCCGUGAAUCCCCCGCCGAGCCCGGCUCGGGGCCUGCCCGGCGCUUCCCGGUGGCGGCGGUGGAGGCGAUCCUGAGGGAUGUGGUGGGGAGCGCCCUGAGGGAGCGGCGCUACGAGCCGGGGCCGUGCCGGGAGGCGGCCAAGGACAUCGCCGAGGCCGUUAAGGCGCGGGUCAAAGCGCUGGUGGUGCCCAGGUACAAGGUCGUGGUGGUGGCACACGUUGGGCAGCUGGGUGGGCAGAGCCUGCAGAUCAGCAGCAGGUGCCUCUGGGACCCCGACAGCGACACGUUCUCCUCCUAUGUGUUCAAGAACACCUCGCUGUUUGCUGUGGCAAAUGUCUAUGGUGUGUAUUUUGAAUAGGGAGGUAGUCGAGUUUAACAGCAGGAGAAAUUAAUAUUCAGCCUAACUCUUCCUGGCUCUGUUGUUGAAAAUAUCUGUGAAGGACCGAGGUGCUCUCACCUGUUUUGAAGUGUGAGCCUUUGGGUGAGUGGAAGAAGGGUCUUUCCCAGAGUUUUGUCUGGGAAGUGGCUUACUAUGACAUAGUUUGGCAGCUGAUUGCUGCUUGCAGAACUUGCUCUGUAGGGGAAAUAUUGUCAGAAUAUUGUCUGGAAGUAAUGUUUUCCCUGUUCUCCUCCAGAAGUAUUUGGAUUAGGGAAUAAACCAUGGGUUUUGCCUGCCCACUUUUGGGGCUGGUACUGAUGGUCCUAAGUCUCUCCUGGUGCACCCAUUUCCCACCAAAGUGGGGUCUGGCUCACCUUGCUCUGAAUCUGAAACCAGGCUUUU